UCACGAUACAACGUCCCAACGAUACGUAUAAAAAACGGUGCGUCCGAUACGCCGAGUCAGUAGUGUCCAAGACUCCGUCAGUGUCAAUAUUACAUAUUUUUGUUUUUAAUCGCCAAACGGAAACGAACACGAUGGUCUCCUAUAAAGCUGUUCUAGCCGUCGCCCUCGUUAUGUCGGUCGCUCAAGUAAGUAAUACAAUAUUUAUUAUUAGUUUUAAUAAUUUGUGUGUGUGUUGUUUUUUUUUUAUUAUACUUUUCUGCCUCUUUUCUUACGGAAAUAUCGUUCCGAUCGUGAACUCCGUGGCUUCUGGUAUCAAAUUACAUCUACUUAAUCUGCUAAAUCACUUAUUUUAUUUUUUGGAAUUUGUUUAAUUAUCGGAAACACCAGGGAUAUGCAAGUAGUAACGUUACUGUUAUUUUCGGCUUUUCGUUUAGAGGCCUUAAGCUUUCACCGAUAAGUUAUUAGUACGCUCUAUGUAGACAUAGUGCAACGUUCAAAACACCAGCGUUUUAUGAGACAUUCGAUAUUUUCACGAUUUUAGAUUCCGAGCGGAAUAACAAUGAUGUUUGUUUUUUUUUUCUCUGAACAAUUUUUCAAACCAAAAAUUUUACUCCGAUUUUCAAACGUAGCAUCUUUUCUGAAAGAAACUUUUCGUAAAGUAGUACACUAGUAAAGAAGUAAUUUUUUGAUUUUCCCUGCUGUUUCCUCGGGAAAAACCGGGGGAAAACGUUGGAAACACAGACACAAUUUACGAAAUGUAUUUUUUUCAAAUCUUAAAUAUUGCGGUCCUUCAAAACGUGUGCAAACGAAAUCUAUUCAGAACCGUUUUUCGUACAAUAAUUAAUUGUUUUGUACAGAUAUAUAUUACAUUUCGUUUCUUCUGAAUUUUUGUCGCGAAAUUCGAACAAAAUUGAAUGCAAAUUUAAUACGUGGCAAUUGACUUUUGAUGAUUUACCUAUAGAUUAACGGCAGACCCGCCGACACCGACUGGGCCAAACCGUUCGAGACUACGCUGAAAAAUAUUACAUCGUCAAUAGAUGCAUUAGUCGGAGCAGACGGCCAUAAAUACACAGACGUGGCCAAAAACAGCUUCACUGAAUUCGUCAACGGUUUUAAUUCUGAAUUGUCCACUUUGUCCAAAACGGUACGACAAAAAAAAAAAAACAAUGACUCUAAUAGUUAUAUUUUUUUAGUCUAUUAGCUUAGUUAUACUAAGGCUUGGAAGUCAUACGAACUAAAAAAGAAAAAUAUUUACAAAAAAAUUCUAAAAUAUGCAUGAAAAAAUGUAAUAAAUAUGCAAACAAUUAUUUAGAAUGUUAUUAUUUAAAAACAUAUACUGUCAUUGUUAAUAUUCAUAAAAAAGAUAAAAAUUAAACACAAACCUCAUCGUUGUCGUUAAAUUAAUAAUAAUAGACUGAGACAGCAAGAAAUAACAAUAAAAUACUACGUUAAAUGAAAUUUAAUAUUACUUAAAAUAAAUUGUUUAAGAAAGAAAAAAUACAUUUUUUAGAAAUUAUUAAAUAUGCACACAAAUGAAUGGAAAUCGACGAAAUAAGCACUUUUUCUCUAAUAUUAACGAAAUAUGCAAAAUAUGCAUUUUGAAUGUUCAAUUUUUAAACUGUCCAUCGUAUAGAAAGUAUUUCUAGCUUGACCUGCUGUAAAUUCGGUGCAUACAAAAAAAUAUGCAACACCUUAUAACUUUCGAGCCUUAGUCAUGACAUAUAGAAAUGGCGAAAAAAUUUAAUAUUUUCGACGUUCUGUUAAAUCGAAAAAAUAUCUAAUAACAGUUUAUUAUUUUCUUAUGAUCUGUUCGGAAAAAUACCAAUAUUUUCGGAUUGAAUCGUAUAUUAUGUUUCGUAAACUCGGAAACGAAAAUAAUAUUAUUUAUAAUUAACAUUUUUACACGCGCCUUUAACGUGUUCAUUUAUAUCUAUAUCUACAUGGUUUUCGUUCACACAGUUCGAAAGCAAAGCCGGCGUGUCCGACGUAGUCAAGGAGGCCACCAAACAGUGGCAAACGGCCGUCGAUACGUACACGAAGAACAUUCCGCAGGAUUUGUCUCCGACGAAAUUAACCGAGAAUUACGAAAACGCUCUCAAACAGAUCACCGAAAAAGCAACCGAGCUCUCCAAGAAGGCCCAAGGAAACUCCGAUAUUGAAAAGGAGCUCAGGGAAUUCACCAAGGGUCAGAUCGACGCUCUUUUGAAACAGGUCGAAUCUAUCAAGGUAAAUUUUUAUUGAAAUGACAGUGUGAAACGAAUAAAUGAACAGAAGUAUAAUUUAUCGAAUUAUUUGUUUUGCGAUUUUAGAGUAAAUUGACCGAAAAAAAAGCUUGAAAGUUUGAAAGCCAACCCGGAGAAACGCGUCAUAUUAUUUUUAACACCCAUCUAUACGGAUGCGUCGACUAGAAUAACACUAUGCAAUUACUGCCGAUUAUAACUAUCUAUUCAGUACCUGCUUAUAAUUAUCCAUAACGAUUAGAUAGGUCGUAAUAUUGUCGAUAACAUGUUGUAUUUUUAUUUUUAUUAAUAUUUUAUUUAUUAUUAUAACAACGAAUUCAAUUCAAUUAUAUUAUAUUAUACAUUUUUUUAUAUUGUAAAAAAUGAACGUUAUUUAUUUAUUAUGAUUGAAAAAGUCACUUAGAAACACGACGAAAUGAAUAUUUCAAUAUUGUGUUCGGCGUUGAAAACCAAUUACCAAUGCAAUUUAAUAAUCUUUGUACGUUUGCACUAAGUACUAUAAAACUUAAUCAAAUACAAUCAUUGAUGUAAUAAAUAAUAAUAA